AUGGCGACCCCAGAAGUGGAAGUACUGUGUUCUGAGGACGCUGGUGAUGUUGCCCCAAAAGAAGUUCGUAAACACCGACGCCGUUCGGAAAGGAGUAGUACUGAGGAAGCGGCGUCCGAUAAAGGUGACGUAGGAUUCAAGUCCACCAGAUGCCAUGCGCCACAAACUGAAGCACCGAAGAAAAAUAAUAUUUUCAAAAAGAAGUGCCGUUCUGAUUGUGGGAAGCGUAGCGUUGGAUUUACAAAGAGUCAUUCUGAAGAAGGGAAACAGGCGAAUUCAGACCUCGUUGGAGAGGUACCGGUGCAGAAAGUUCGGAAACUGUGCACCCCUGAGAAAACAGCAGCAACAGCACCAGCAGAGAGCACUCCUUACAAAUGGGUAUCGUUUUUUUCUGUUGGAAUAGUCGACAGGAAUACAAAAUUCUUCUUAAGGAUCCCGAAUCAGAAGCAAAGCACAACAGCUCGCUCUGGAGGCAAGACCUUUUUCAAACAAUAUAUGAGUGGCGAUGAAAUCCAAGCAGGUUUAGCGGGUGGAACCCUUUUUAAGGGCCAAAUUCGGAUAAAUCAAAGGAAUUUCGAAGAGGCAUUCAUCGACAAUCCAAGUGGCAGCGAGUUUCCGGACAUUGCUGUGUUGGGCAUGUCUGACCGAAAUCGAGCUUUGCAUAGUGAUAUUGUAGCUCUUCGCAUAAAACCGCGUUGCAACUGGGUCGUAAAUGAGGAUGCUUACAAGAGCUGGAAAAAGGAUAACCCUAUAAAGAGGCCGGGACCUAAUGAGUGUGAAGAACGCAACACCGUUGUAGAAGUUGUAGAAGAAAUAAUUGAAGCUGCAUCAUCGUUGGAUAAUUCCACAACAGGAUCAGAAAAGGAUCUUCUCGCUUCAAGCGAGAUCGCUGGCUAUGUGCAAGAUUCAACAGAUACAAAUGUUGACCUUAAGGAUGAGUGCUUCCCGGAUGUUCAGGUCGAUGAGAUGCCGGAGCCCGGUGUAGAUUCUGCUAUAAUGGAAUCUUGCGAUCCAUCUGAUUUAAUAGAAGUUGCAGCUGACAGUGGUGAGAACUUGGCAGUGGUCAGUGCAGAGAAACUCGAUUUGAAAUCGGCGAAAAAAAGGUCGUACAAGAUCUUGUCUGAUUUGCCGCUCGAAGAGUGGUGUUUGCCUGAUGACUGUUUGCAAAAAACUGCUGAGGUAGUUGGGAUUUUGGAACAAAAAAAUUCUCGCCUAGCUAUGGGCCGGUUGGAACUAGCCCUUGGAUCGCAACGAAAAUGGGCGAAGUUUUCACCGUCGGAUUCCAGAUUGCCGCGUAUGAUGAUAGAAGCAUCGCAGCUCCCAAAAGAUUUUUUCGAAAGACCUCAAGACUUCGGCAAAUUUUUAUUCCUUGCUAGAAUCGUGGAAUGGGCUCAAAAUUCAAUCAUGGCGCGUGGAAGCUUGGAAAAGGAGCUUGGGCUUGCUGGUGAUAUUGAUGCCGAAACUGAGGGCUUACUUGUUACGAACGACAUAGAUACCAGCGAGUUUUCCGAAGCAGUUAUCGAGUGCCUUCCAUCUGUGCCAGAGGGUGGUUGGAAAAUUGAUGAGGUAGAAUUUGCUAAACGCAGAGAUUUACGAGACGAAAUCAUAUUCACUAUUGAUCCGAAAACCGCUCGAGACUUAGACGAUGCGCUGUCAAUAAGUCCCUGUGACAAUGUCGACGGUUGUGGUACUCCUGGUUGGGAGAUUGGUGUCCACAUUGCUGAUGUUUCGUACUUUGUGGACGAAAACACAGAAUUGGAUCAGUGGGCUUCCCAAAGAGCUACCAGUGUUUAUCUUGUUCAUCAGGUAAUUCCUAUGCUACCACGGCUCCUCUGUGAAGAGUUGUGCAGUCUCAAUGCGGGUGUAGAUCGAUUGACUUUCUCAGUAAUAUGGAAGGUAGAUGAUAAAGCCAAUAUAUUCGAAGAGUGGUUUGGACGAACGAUUAUACGGUCUCGAGUCAAGCUCACCUACGAGCAUGCGCAGGAUUUUAUCGAAAAUCCAGAUAAGGACUUUCAAGAUACUGAGAUGCCUGAGAUAUCCGAUAACGUUACAGUCCAUCAGUUGAAGGAAAAGGUGCUGCAGUUGAAUGGCAUAGCGAAACUGCUAAGGCAGAGGAGGCGAGAGAGCGGCUCACUGCAACUUAAUCAACCAAAAUUGAAAUUCGCUCUAGAUGACGACAACAAAUCACCCAUUGGCGUAUCAAUAUACGAGGCCAAGGAUUCCAACCAUCUAGUGGAAGAGUUUAUGUUGUUAGCGAAUAUGGCUGUGGCCAGGAAAAUUGAGAGGCACUAUAGAAAAACAGCGCUCCUACGAUGUCAUCCUCCACCAAAGAAGAAAGUCCUUCGAGAUGCGCUCAAAUUGUGCAAUACAAUUGGAUUUCCAAUCGACGGAACUUCAUCAGGAGAGCUUAGUCAAGCGUUAGCUCCAUUCCGAUCCAACUCUCGACUUUCGCAGUCAAUCAAUCAGGUGCUUUCUACGGUUUUAAUGAAAGCUAUGGAACUUGCUCGAUACUUCUGCACCGGCACCGUCUCGAGUCCAACUCAAUAUCAUCAUUAUGCCUUGAAUGUGCCUUACUACACCCAUUUCACAUCACCAAUCCGCCGAUAUCCGGACAUAAUUGUACAUAGAUUGUUAGCGGCUUCAUUGGGUUACUGUCAACCUUCGGAAAGGACAGUGGAAGAGUUGAAAAAAAUCGCUGACCAUUGUAAUGAUAAGAAACUGAUUGCGAAAAAGGUUGGGGAAAGCAGUGCUGAGAUGUUCUUCGCUGUUUUGGUGCAGAGAAUUGGGCCCAUGGAAGACAAAGGAGUAGUCGUAAAUGUGCUCGAUUUGGCAUUUGAUGUUCUCCUGGUCAAAUACGGCGUAGUAAAGCGAAUCUAUGUCAAAUCGCUGGAUAUGAGACGUGAACCGUCAUUCGAUGAAUCUUCCGCACGACUUACGCUCUAUUGGUCGACGGAUGACGGUGAAUUUAUUUUCGGAGGCCCAGUAGAGCAGCUGAUUCAGAUGUGCACGAUAGUUGACGUAGUAUUGACCGGGGAGCCAAACUCCACAAAGUUCAAUGCUGUGAUCAAAGCUAAAUCGAAGGAGGAAUCGCCGACACUUGUCGAACUUUGGCGUGAAGUGGAGCAUAAUAAUGUGGACGGGAAUAACCUAGAUUUGGGGGAGAUUUUACUGGAAGACUCAUAA